UCGUUGUAUCAAUUGAGAAACAGAUCCAUGUGAAUUCUCAUAUGCUAAUGUUUCUGCCUGUUGAUCUGGCCCCCAUUCAAAUGCCUCUUUGCCACAAAAUUAAGAAGGGAAGGAUAGCCACAGAGAGCCAUUCACCCAUAUAUAAUCACAUCUUAGCAUCCAGUACUUCACAACAAUCUCAGCUUUUGCUUGUUACAGAACCUAGAAUCUCCACUAAACUUACUCGAUCAAGGAAGGAAAAAUCCUGCCUGAACCAUGGCCAUCCGCAUGUUUCGUAAUAUUCAUUGCAAGAAUUUUCUUCGAAGGUCUUCAUUGAUGAGAAACCAAACAACUUCAGAUACUCCGAAAGGUCAUUUUGCUGUUUAUGUUGGGGAGAAUGAAAAGAAGAGAUUUGUUGUUCCUGUAUCAUACUUGAACCAAACUUUGUUUCAAGAUUUGUUAAGUCAAGCUGAGGAAGAAUUUGGGUUUGAUCAUCCAAUGGGUGGCCUCACAAUCCCUUGUAGCAAGGAUGUAUUCAUUGAUGUCACUUCUCAAUUGAGCACAAAUGAAAUUAGCUAUUAGUUUAGUCUAAUAGGAAGCAAUUUUGUAAAUCAGAUCUGUGUAUAUGAACAAAGCUUUGGGAGGAAAAUAAUCUUCCCCAAUGAAAGAAAUGUUAUUUUAAAGGAAAAUGAAGUUAAUGACAUUUUAUUUUUCAA